UCGGUGAGACAUACAGAACGAAAGCGCUAGAGCAAAACAGUAAGCUGAUUACAGGGAUCUACAAUUUCAUAUAUAUAUAUAAAUAUAUAUAUAUAUCAUCAACAACAACAACAACAAGAACAGAUUAUAUCACAGCUAUCCCGACGGAGGAGAAGGCACUCGGGAAGCUCGGGAUAUCCGCAGACAUACUUGUGUCCUCUUUCUUUCGGCUGUCCCGUCGCUGGAACUUACUGUGAUUUAUUUCUUUUUAUGUGAGUGUUUUUCUUGCUUUGUUGAAUUCCCUAAUCUAAUCAUUCCACUUAACUGGACUGAUUAAACUGGCUGAUGGUCCCCUCAACUUUGAGUCAGGAAACUUUCAGCUCCUUGUCCCAGUGCAGAACGUCUGGAGAGAACCGCUGGAGAUAAGAGAACGCGCGUAAAGACUUAAACUUGAGCAAACCUACGUCUUUGCAUUUUCUCCAAUUUACACUCCAUCUGAAGUAGAGGACCAGGACAAGACAGACUGAAGUGGCUGAAGUGUCGAGUUCCUGUUCGUGCAUUUGACCCGAGUGAAGUUGUCAGCAAGAGGAGCGCAGAGGCGACCUGGCAGGUGUACGAGUGAGUUUACACGUGUAGUGCGCAUCUAGGCCUGCUGCUGCUAUAAAUAGAAGUCGUUCUACUCACUAAAAAUCAGAGAAACAGCAGCUGUAGAUCUGUGCGUAAAUUGUGCGCAAAACGCUCCACCCUACCUGCGCCGUAUUCACAGGACAGGACAGGACAGGACAGGGCCUCUCACUCGCACUUGCUUUGGCUCUCAGGCUGCACGCGUCCUCGCAUGGACUGACAUGGCCACGGACCUCGCCAUGAGCGCUGACCUACCCAACAGUCCCCUGGCCAUCGAGUACGUCAAUGACUUCGACCUCAUGAAGUUUGAGGUGAAAAAGGAGCCUCCUGAGGUCGAUCGUUACUGUCACCGCCUACCCCCGGGCUCUCUCUCCUCCACGCCGAUCAGCACGCCGUGCUCCUCUGUGCCUUCCUCGCCAAGUUUUUGCGCACCGAGUCCCGGCGCACAGCCCGUCCAGAACCUUGGGGUGAACAACAACAACAACAACAACACCAGCAGCAACAGCAGCAGCAAUGGUGGAAAUAACAGCAGCAACGGCACUCAAGGCCCCUCGGGGAAGCCACAGCUGGAGGACUUCUACUGGAUCCCUAACUAUCAGCAUCACAUCAGCCCCGAGGCGUUGAACCUGACCCCUGAGGAUGCGGUCGAGGCGCUUAUCGGAAACGCGCACCACCAUCAUCACCACCAUCACCACCAGCCCUACGACACGUUCCGCGGGCAGCAGUACGUCGGCGAGGACCUGACGACCUCCUCGAACGGCUACCACCACGCGGCACACGCCCACCACCCACACCACCACCAUCACGGCCAUCACACGCACGCGCGCCUGGAAGACCGCUUCUCGGACGAGCAGCUGGUCAGCAUGACGGUGCGCGAGUUGAACCGGCAGCUGCGCGGUUUCAGCAAGGAAGAGGUGAUCCGUCUGAAGCAGAAACGGCGCACCUUGAAGAACCGCGGCUACGCGCAGUCGUGCCGCUACAAGCGCGUGCAGCAGCGGCACAUGCUCGAGACGGAGAAGUGCACGCUGCAGACCCAGGUGGAGCAGCUCAAGCAGGACGUCGCGCGCCUCGCCAAGGAGAGGGACAUGUACAAAGAGAAGUACGAGAAGCUCGCAGGCCGGACCUUCAACGGCGGGAGCAGCAACACCACGCGGGACCCGUCAGGCGGCAAUCACGGCAAAGCCUCUUCGGCGGAUUUCUUCAUACUGCAGUUCCUGCACAGCAAAAUCCCCGAUGCUGAAUUAACACCUGAAACAUGUUUUAGUAAAAGUUCUGUGCAAAAUAAAAGGGCACUAACGUGUCCUUUUCCGUAAUUGUUACUCUCAAUGGUGCGCAUUUUCUAACUUCAGUGUGCGUCUUUAACCUAGAAAAGUUCAUUUUAAACACUAUUUACGGUCCAAUGAUGUACCUUAAAUCAUCAAGGUACAAACUCAACAUGUCUAGGUAGAAGAUAAGCUACACAUUGGGUACGUGGAGUGCAUUUGUUCACACUUUACACUGAGGAUUUUGCUGUGUGCUUUUCAGAAGGAAAAAAAAAAAGCCAAGGACUCGCAUUAUUAAACAUAAGCACCAUAUUUCCAGUAACGCACACGCUAUACUCUGCGUGCAAUGUGCGCGCACUGACUGCUCGCCUGCAACUCUAUAAGUCUUAAUGGUAAUGUGUCUCUAAAGAAGACAUGACCUCACCUCUGACCUAAAUGUGGCCAGACAUAAAACAACGUGCUUUCUGACUCGGUGUAUUAGCAUAAAGCGUUUUAAUAACUACUUUAAAAAAGUCUUACAUGGUCAUGCAACCAGCGGUGUAUUGGGUUUCUUAGACUUUUGGAACAGUCUUAAAGGAUCCGACAAAACGUGCGAGACUAACGUGUGAGACUAAAAUGUUAUUUAUUUGUUUGUUUGUAUUGAUCGGACUAAAAGGGAAUUUUCAACCCAACGAAUGAAUGAAAAAAAACGGAAAAAAGCAAUACAUUCUCGGACCUCUUUGACAUGUAGUUGUAACUCAUGAACAUGAGAAGGAAGCAUUGCAGCCUGCAUCCACCCUCCAACCCUGCAUGCGGGACAUGUAUGGUCAUUAAAUCUCCAAGCCCUUUGUAUCUUUCCCACACACCUGGAUGAAAAAAAAGAAGAAAAAAAAGCAUGGCCCUUAAUCAGCCCUGUAUCUUCCUCUUUCUCCAUCUUAUCUUUCUUCUAAUUCUGUCCUGAACGGUGUAGUGUAACGUCGUUAGACUUUUAGUAAGGAAUUGGAACACAAUCCGCCAAACUACAAGAGUCCAGGAAGGGUUUACAUCACUGAAAUGCGUCUCAUCCUAAUUUUCUUCCUUCAUUUCUUUCUUCUUCUUUUUAAUUUUAAUGUUCAACGUAACAAAAUAGUGCCACAUUAUGCCUAAAUGAACUGAGCCAGAUUUUGCUUAUUUAUUCUCACAAAAUGUAAAUAUGUAGAAAUCAGUUAGUGUAUUCAUUUUAUUUUUUCCCUUUUUUUUGCUUGUUUAUUUACAAAAAAAGAAAAGAAAACGUCUUAACUGCGAUGUUUGUAUGUAAAAGCAUGCAAAUGAUCAACGAUAUUCUUUCUAUCGAACAUGUACAAUAUAUAAAAAGAGAUACAGUGCCUACUGCACUGGAACAGAAGGAAUUGGGAAAACAUUUCUCUUAUUUAAGGUGACAUAAAAUACAUGGAGUUCAGUCGCUGCUACAUCCUAUAUAUAUUCAAAUAAAUUUGAAUUCGCAUUUAUUUAUUUGUGCUUCAAAUUAAAUCCAAUCAAAUAGGCAAAAAAUUUGGAUUAAUUAUAGAUGGGUCAAUUUAUAACCCGAAUUUAGCCAUGCUUGAACAGUUUUUUUUUUUUAAAGCAAGUUAUGGAGAAAAAUAAAUUUCAACCCAUGACAAAACUAUGAUGCUUUCUUUUGAUAGUUUGACAGAAUAUAUCCCUGACAAGUUAUCUGCUCAUAGGCAGAAUUAUAGCAUAGUUCACAAAAUUAUAUAAUCUAAACAAGAUGUGAUCAUUAUUUAAGAUGAGUUCAGAAUUUUUCAGAAAAAUGUGCAAUAUUAAUAAAUCACCCCACUAUACCUAAAACUCCAAAUUGUGUCUUAGUAGCCUACAUGCAAAAUCCAGUACUACAAUUAAGCACUUAAGAGUUAUACAAAGAGCCAUUAGGAUUUUUUUUAUUUUUUACUUUUCUCCAGUGGUGUCUGAGUCUAAGAUCCUCCUCCUGGAUACGAGGUUUUUCUGUGGGAAUGUCACCAGGAACUGCUUUAGUCCGUAUACAGUGUGAGCGCAGUCUCUCUGUACAUUUUACCUUCAUAUGGAGCUCAUGGAGGCUUGAGAUGACCUUAGCUCAGAGAUGGGCUGUAUGUGUAUAAAACUGUAUAUACAUGAUUUCUAUAUAUUUAUUCUAGAAACAUCUAAUGUCCUCUAUACGUGUCAAUACGUCCAAUCUGAAAUGUUUCUGAAUAGAAUGUUGUUCAGAAUCUUGUUUUCAUAAAGUUUAAUAAAAAGUUGUGUCA